AUGGCCCAGCAGGAGGAGAAGACGGCGACGACACCUAGUAUUGUGGAAAUCCGAUCAAGGUCGCCUCGAUCACUGCAGACCAGGAAUACCAAGAAUCUUUCAUUAAACAUAAGGGACAAGAAGGUCAGCGGGGCGGAGUUGGAAGACUUGGACAAGAUACCGAGUGUUAUUACUAAACCCGUGGUGAUAGGCACAACGAAACAUCCGAUGGUGAGCCAACCCAUACGUUCCGACGCCUCUAUCUAUUCGCUGCCCAGCGGUAAGAAGUCUGGUUCGGCUUCUCCCAUUUACGCUACUAAUAUCUAUGGUUCAUCGGCGAAUUCAAACAAGAUUGGUCGGGUUCAUUCCAUGUCUUUGUCUUUGAAGACUGGCGAACUUCUGCCUUCUUUGGGUGCAAGAGGACGUUCCCAAACCAUAUCUUCAGCCCUAGAGACUUCUACUCCGGAAGUUGGUCGUUUUAAUAUGGACAUGGACAAGAAAGAAUGGAUAUUGCCUAAUAAAGGAGAAGUUGAUAGUGAAGAAUUACUUCAUCCAGAUGUGUUCAAGAAAAAUGCUUACCCUAAUGGCCCCUUGUUGGUUGUUCCACCAAACGUCUAUCUCUACUCUGAACCUACAUUGAAAGAGAUUUUACAGUUCGAUGUGGUGAUCAAUGUUGCGAAAGAAGUUACUAAUUUAGGUCCUAUGUUACCGCAAAAGAAAGCUAUCUCUUAUCACCACGUAAAUUGGAGUCAUAACAGUAAGAUAUCUGUUGACUUGGAUCGUUUGACUGAUAUUAUACACGAAGCGACUACUCAGAACAAGAAGGUAUUGGUGCACUGUCAAUGUGGUGUUUCAAGAUCUGCAUCAUUAAUCGUCGCAUAUAUCAUGAGGUUCUUUCAAAUGGGGCUGAAUGAUGCCUACAGUCAUCUAAAGCGCAUCGCCAAGGACACGAGUCCGAAUAUGGGGCUCAUAUUCCAGCUAAUGGAAUGGAACGAACAACGAACUAGGAUCACCAAUGACCCUCAAGGGUCUGAGCAUGACCUGAGCAAUACGAACUUGAGCUUUGGCAUGGUCAUACCCAAUGCAUCAUCCUCAAUAAACGAUCUUACCAUUGGCUCACCAGAAUUGACCCCCAGGACACCUGGUGAUUAUUUUAACAAAUUUUCUGCAUCGUCAUCGUCUACCUCUACAUCGAGUAGCACCUUCGUUGGUAAUCAAUCAAAUUCUAAGCCCGUGACAAUAUCUACCAAUCUUUGCGAUUAUUUGCCCACAACAUCAGCUGGCCCAAUUGCAACUUCGACCGAUGAUUUUUGGACUCAAAGCCUGUAA